UUUAUGCCCUUGAGUAUCACAAUAUAACUGUAGGGUGGUAUGGGGAAAGCAAAUUCUGCCCGUGGUCUUGAACUCUGCCGGUUGAUGGUAAAACAGCUGACGUGUGGAUGAGACCGUGGUGUGCGGUGAUGUAAUUUAUUCUUGGCAGUGAACAUCAUUACCAGGUCCCAGCGGUGUCCUAUGUGAGCUUCGCCUGUGAGGCUGUUUACUCACAUUCUCUGGCACAUAGGCAAGCAUCAAAAUAACACACGCGAUGGGGCAUGGACUGCAGAUGCCGGGAGGUAGUUUCUCUGCAAAGAUAACUGAAGAUCAGUUUCUCAUUCCUUUACCUAGGUUUGAAUUCAAAAUUCAGUAUGCCUUUCCUUCUGAGUUCCAGACAGCCCCAAGAAAGGGAAGCAUGUGUCGGAGUAAACAACCAGAGUUACUUCUGUGAUACAGGACACUGUUGCGGAGAAUCACAAUGUUGUAACUACUAUUACGAGCUUUGGUGGUUCUGGCUUGUCUGGACCAUCAUUAUCAUUCUCAGCUGCUGCUGCAUCUGUCACCAUCGUCGGGCCAAGCUACGCCUGCAGCAGCAGCAGCGACAGCGAGAGAUCAACCUCAUCGCCUACCAGGGAGCUCGCAACUACUCUCUGCUCCCGCUCUACCUGAGGUUCCUGCCAAGCUACCUGCUGCCUGCAUAUGAAGAAGUCGUGAACCGGCCGGUGACCCCGCCGCCUCCCUACAGCGCCUUCCACCAGCAGUCCGUCGCAGUGUGCAAUGGCCCCUCCAACCCAGAGCCGUCGCGUGCUCCCUCCACCCCAGGGAACUCUGUGCCGACAGUCUGCGAGGCAGUACCUCGGCAGGGGAGCGUACUGGGCCUGGACUGCCCCCGCGCCUACUCGGAGUGCAGCCUAAACAAGGCGCUGGCCUGCGAGCGCCCUGAGGGUCCGGCAGAGGGCUGCUGUGAGCAGGAGCCCGUCAGGGCGUGCUGCCUCGACCAGGAGGAAGAGCUGGACUGCCCCGAGAAGGGGCAACUGACCGAUUAUUACCCGAGCUCCUCCAAGAUCGAGAGCUGGCACCACCAGUCGUGCCUGGAGAUCAAGGACCUUGAUAAGACUCCCGGGAGGCACCGGAGGUUCACUGGAGACUCCGGUAUUGAGGUCUGCGUCUGCAACCGGGACGGCGACCCCGACGACCCAAAGGAGCUGGACGGCCUGAUCGAUGGUGUGGGGGAGGCGAUGGAGUUCUGCGACAGCUGCGAGGUCUGCGACCACUGCCCCCGACCUGACCGGCGGCUGGAGGGCCCAGCCGAAGGCCAGCACCCCCAGGAUCAGAAGGAGCAGCAACACGGCCAGGAGGCAGCAGGGGACGAACCGGUGUGCCUGCUGCUGGACACCAUCAACGAGAACGAACUGCUACAGCCUCCCCAGCACUGCGACCCUCAGACCUAACUGCUGGGGCCCCCCUUGCCACCGGCUGCUCGAGGACUCCUUGUGCAGUUGUUCUAUUAAAGCUCUGCUGUUGGAAGAGCUGGAGAAUAAAAGACAGCAAAUGCCAGAGUGCUGGGGUUGUGGAAGGUGACGAGGCUGGCAGUGUUGAACCACCCAACAAUGUUCAGCCUAUCUACAAGAGCUUUGAUUCCCACUAUCGGAUUGCGGCCUAGAAGCAAUUAUAACAUCAACUGGAAUUUUAUAUCCAGCAUUUAAAUUUUUAAUCAAAUGUAUUUGCAUGGGAUUGUGACCCUCCAUUCAUCUUGAGUUAGUUCAAAAGGCCACUCUUCUUUCCUCGUGUCCUUACACAAGUGACAGCUCUGGGUGAAGAUUACAAGCAGAUGACAAGGGGGAGGAGGCUUUGGCUCUGAAGAACAGUGUACUUUUGGAUAGAAGAGGUGAUAGUUUUUCUUUGGGAUUACGGAGAUCAGCUUUAAACUGCAGAGCGAUAUCCUUUAUGCAUCAUCUCCCCCCCCCCCGCCCCACUCUGUACUGAUACACAAACUUCACUUGGUUACCAUGGUUUUGUGUUCCCUGUUUGUCACAUGGUGUAUGAGCAUUCAGGAAGUGUGGGAUGGCAAGAUGAACUGAUUGCCUGGAGAAGUUGUCAUGCCACAAAAAAGAAUGUCAUAAAUGUACUGGGAUAUGCAAUUUAAAAAAAAAUUGUGCUGGGUCUUUCACUCUUCAAAAAAAAAACGUCGGUGUGGUUGGUGCCUGGCUAAUCUGAGUGCUGUUCCUGAGAUGAUUUAAAUGUUUCCUAUGUGGAACUUGUUUCUUUUCUGAAUGACAAUUGAUUGGUGUGGUUUGAUUCUGUGAUAGGCUCGUCACUGCGGAGUGGUUGAGCUCACCUACCAGAUAAAUGCCUGCAAUCCUUUGGGCAACAAGAAAGGAUAACUUCCUAAGAGUGUGAGUGAAUGAGUGUGUGUGUGUGUGUGUAUAUGUGCGCGUGUACUGUACGACAGAACCACAGGCUCUCCUACC